UUGGACCCGAAGCCGCAGCUGUCUCCGACUCCAAGCUUCCAUUUUCCAUUUCCAUCAACACUUGACAGCGUCGUCGCCGGCGACUCGACGGAGGCUUCAUUUAGUAAUCAGUAGCAUUUGCAGUUCAGAUAAGGUCGUGGUUUAAUGGAGCCUGCAAACGUAGUGUUCGACAAAUUGAAAGCUGUCGCUAAAUCCGGAAACGAAUUCUUUCAUGGACUCUUCGAUCCUCGUCGCAAUCCGAUUCAAAUCCUCAAACGUUUAAACCGAGAAGCAUUCUCUGACAUUAUGAAACUCAGAGACAGACAAGAGAAGGUUGAGAGAUUGCUUUCCUUCUAUAAAUCAUCCAAGGGAGGUCCCUUCCAGGAAUCUACCACUCAUGUAAGAGGAAGGGUCGAUAUGCAGGAUGCUUUAUUGAUCAUGGAUAGCCUUGAUCAACAGAGCUUAGAUGCCAUUACUACGUCCAGAAUAAGAACUGGCAUUGGAUCAAAGUUCAUUUUUGAAACCAACAUUGGGCAAGAUACUCUUGCUGCAGAGUUUGUGACAAGUCAAAACGGGAAGGAGCACCCCAAUGAUGUCCUUGAAAUGCCACUUUCUCUAGCAAAACUCAGUUAUACUAAAAAUGUUAAUGAUUGGUUAUCUCUGAUGGCUAUCCCAAUAGGAGCUAAAUGUAGAGAUGUUGGAAUUGCUUCAAAUUCUUCCGAUGAGGGCCUUACAGACUUCUCCUCUUUUGGACCUCCCCUUCUAAAUUUGCACAAUGGUAGUGGUAUUGGCAUAACUGUGAGGAAGUCAAAUAUAACUGCUUCAUUGGCUCAAUUUGUUGCUGGACUUGGAAUGCCAACUGGGACUAAUACAAUGGAGAGUAUAUCCAGCACUUUUGGGAAAAUUGUAUCUGAAUUUUCUUGGGGGAAGCUGUCUCUUCUGGGUCUUCAACGAGUGCCUUUACAAUUUGCGCAAUUUAGAAAAGUUGGAGCUCAUAUGAUUCCAAUAGUCUUGUCCAGGCAACAUAAAGUAUCCGAGACAGUACCUGAAGUAUCACCAUGGGUGGAAGCAAGGACACAGGUCUCAACUGGUUCCAUUGCUCUGAUGGCGGAGUCUGAACUUGCCGACUUUGUAAAAUUGGGAGGCUGGAUCGAGAUCAAAGAUCCAAAUUUCAAUUCUGUUCAGUGGGCUCUAACCAUGUCUGAUGUUUCUGAAGAUCCACUUGGCUGGGGCGUUAGUCUCAGUGGGAUGAUUGGAGAUUCAACCAGUGAUCAUUUUCAGGCUGAAUCCUAUCUAAAAUUUAACAUGGGUAAUAAACUUUGCUUGAAGCCUGGCCUUGCAUAUGUCAUGCAUGGGGAUUCCAUGGUAGCUGCUUUAAUGCUUCGCUCUGAAUGGUCCCUGUGAUGAUUGUCCUCUGCCUAUUGCUAUCUAUAUACCAUGCAGUUUUUUCAGGUUCUUGCUACACUUCCAUCAAGAUGUAUAGGUAAACCAUUCUUUGUUUAGAUUUGUUUACUUGUAAUUAUUCGAAGUUCAUCCUCAUUACAUUCUUACAAGAUCCCUUGAGGACUUUUAAAUACAGAACACAAUUUUGUUCAGUUAAAUUACAGAAAUUAAAUAUCAAUGGUUUAAUAGUUUUUUAGUUCAAAACUUGAUUAGUUCAAGUGGUUUGAACUUGUUUUCCCAAAUUAGGUUUUGUAUUGAAAUCCUAACAAUUGCUUUAAAAAAACAUUGGGGGGCGGGUGUGUUGAACUGAGAUGAAAAGGAUGUUGUAUCCUCAUAUUAGUCAGCUCGAUGAUCUCACUCGAGGCAGGCUAUUUAUUAUUUAAGUACACUUUGAAUACCAUGGUUUAGAGUUUGAAAAAUUAAAGGGAGUAAUGUCUCUAUUUGAGCAUUCCUAGCAAUAUUAUUAUUUAAAAAAUAAUAAAGAGUCAUUUUAUUGAUUUGGAUUAGGUGCUCUGGCAGCUUUUCUUUACAAACAAGUUUGAGAAAUUUUAUUAUUCUAUUUGUGAAUCAAGGUGCUGAGUUAAUCAUCUCAAUAAAUUGACUGCUGUUGCUGCUGUUGUUAUCCUAUGAUAUUGUACCCAAUUAUGACAAUCAUCUAAUAGUUUCACACCUAUGUUCAUUUCUCUCUCUUUAAGCAAAACAGUGAAACACACAAAUACAUUAAAUUUCUAAUAAUCUGAAUCAAACCGGUUGUCAGGAGUUUUGUAGUUUACAAUUUUUAACUCAUUUUGUUUGGUAUUUGUCUAUUAACACAUACCCUCAGAAAGGAGAGAAUGAUAAAGGGGAAUAAUAUUGAUACCAAAUUGGUCCUAAAAUUAACAAAACUGAUUGGUAAUAAGUCAAAGGCCAAACUGGUGUCAAUACAUCUUCGGAGUAUCGAAAUAACAAAUGCGGAUAAGUUUGUGGAUUGUCUUCUUAAACUUGAUCUAUUAUCUGUUAAUUAAUAAGAAAUAGCUCCCAUUACUUACCAUCACUGUUUAUACCACUUAAUGUAAUGUUGAAUUUGGCUUGUUCCUUUUUAGAGCAGGAUUUCAAACCCUAGAGGAGCUUAUAUUAUAUGACAUGGUUGCAUAUGUUCGCAUGCAUGCAUGCACCACGUUUUAAGUGUUGUAGCAAGCCUCUUCAGUAUAUGUACAAAAUAGUGAUCAUUCACGUGAUUGGUUCAAGUGAAUCUAGGGCUUGAGCAUUUGGGAGAGCAAAAUGGAUCUCUACAGUGAUUAUUUGGUAUAGUUUAGCUGAUGCAGGGGCAAAUAGUUUGAUGUACUUUACAUAACUGCUAACUUUUUCCCUUUUUCCAGUUUUGGUUUCAUGUCAAUAUACCUCAGUUAAAUCUUAAUCCAUGAGUCCAAAUUUGUUCCUAUAUUUGACAAGAUAUAUAAUAGUUAAGCAGAACAAGGAAUGAGAAAUAACCUUUUGCUGUUGAGAUGAGAAAACACUCAUGCGUGGAAGAUUAAAUUGUUAUAAAUAGGAAUUCUACAGAAGAUUCCACUGAUUUCAGGUGAUUUGAGCAAUCUCUUAUGCAGAACAGUAUUUAUCUUUUCUUUAUAUAUUGUGUAAGGAAUUCUUGCAAAGAGAAUCCCAGUUGGUUACAGAUUUGGGAAUGAUAAUGAAGCAUAACUAUGAUUUCUUGCGAGCAUGGUAGAGUUAGGGGUAAUGAUUGAUAUUGCCAUCUUUAAAUUUUACCUAACAGAAACCAGAUAACUGUUAUUUCAAGAGAUUCUUCAGGGAACAAAUUUCAAUCCCGUGUGGCUACAUACUACGUUGACAAUCAAUACUAUGAUUGAGUAACCUCAACCCUACUACUCCCUAGCUUCAAACCCAAAUGAACUUUAGGUAUCAGUUCAAACUGUAGUUUUAAACAUUAUGUCUAUUCACAUCCUGUUAAUGCAUAAAUGUGAAAUGAUUUAACUAUGGUCAUCUAUAUACAUUCAAAAUGCCAUGCAGUGGACAGAGUUGUUGUGCUAAAAAAGAAUGAGGACAAUGCAUGUAGAUUUAGAGCACAUAUCAAGUUUGUACUUACCUUCAAAAUUUGUAAAUACAAAACACAAAUUUUCAAUUUAUGCUAAUGGUUGAUGAUUAAUUAUGAUUAGAUUGGAAUACUUUCAAAAAUGGAACUAACUUAAAAGACCUAAUAAAUAUGUAUAUGUAUAUGUAUAUGUAUAUCAUUGACCAACCAUUUUCAAUGGCAUUAUGAUGGUUUAAAUUCUGUUGUCAGUUGUCACCAUUGUUAGAAAGUGAUGUAAGUUUCAAAUUUUUCAAUUCUCUUUGAUAUGUAGGGCUUCAAAUCGUCAGUAUAAUUGUUGGCUGUCGGUGAUGACAAUCAAUUGUCUGAGCUCUACUCUGAUGGUAAUAGGUAAUCAACAAAUGAACAAACAUAAAAUGUCAUUUUCCUUCUAACUGCAUUAUUUGGCCAUUGAAGGUAUUGAACAAUUCUCUUCUGUCUAAAAUAUAUAUAACAUUAUUCAUUAAGAUAUUAGAGACCGUUUUUCUUGGGUCAUUGGUGCUAUACCACUAAUUAAGAUUCCACAAAAUACUGCUGAGCAACCACUAUGCACAGUUUAUAAAUGAAAUGAACAUUUCAAAUUUGCUAUUGCAUGACAUGUCUGUGAUACCAAUUUUGAAAUUCAAAAUAAUUUUAUAUUUGUGGCGACAGCUUUGACCUUUCCAAAGGACUUGUCAGAAGGAAACUUAACUUGACUAAAGAAGAAGAUUCCUUGAUGCAUUCACAAGCCAACAACAGCAAUAACACACUUUCUAUAUAUAAUUGUUUUAUUUUUUAUUAUUAUUAAGGUCUUGGGGCCUUGGGGGUGGCUUUUCUAGCUAAAUAAUUUUCACAUAUUAUCACAUUUUGUUUCAUAAUAUAUCAUCAGUGAAUUUCUUUCAAAUUUGUUAGGCGCCUGCUUUGCUAUAUAUAAUUAUAUAUUGAUAGGUCUUUUUGCUUGAACCAAUCAUUUGCAAGGAGUUAGAUGGUCCUUGGCCAGCAAUAAUAAAAUUAUCUGAAUUUUUUUCUUUUUAUUUUAAAUAAUGUGUAUGUGAUUCAUUGUUGUGCUCAUU